CCAGACGCCAUAUGCACGCCUCCACCAGACGACCCACUUAUGACUGGACAGACCAUUCGGCUGCCUCUAUCAGUAGUCUGGUUAUCAAAGGGUUUGAAAACCUGAAGUUUAACUUGUAAAAAGCUCGUUUACGCUUGAUUCCAAGACUAAUCUUGCAACACACUGGGGGGAACAUGUAGACAUGGAUUUUAUGAAGCUGUUUGGCACUGUUAUCGCCGUUUUGUUCCACCCUGGAUCCGCGUCUAAAAUAAAUGGCCAAAGGAUCUGUCGGCGCGGGACAGAGCGCCCAUGCUACAAGGUGUCCUACAUCCAGGACAGCAGGCAGAGGCUGACCUUCGAGGAUGCCAGGCAGGCCUGCAUGUCGGAUGGAGGCGACUUGCUCAGCAUUGAAACAGAAAGCGAGCAGCGGCUGAUGGGGAGGUUUAUACAGCAGCUGCAGGCUGGAGAUGGAGACUUCUGGAUCGGGCUCCGACGCAGCCCACAGCGUUACAGGGCAGGCACCACAAGCCCAGGGUGUCCCUCGCAGUACUAUUGGCUGGAUGGAAGCAAGGCAAAGUUCAGGAACUGGCAUUGGGACGAGCCAUCGUGUGGUGUUGAAAUGUGUGUGGUUCUCUACUACCAGCCCUCUGCACCACCCGACGAACAAGGUCAUUUCCCGUUCCAGUGGAACGAUGACAACUGCAACUCCAAAAACAACUUUGUGUGCAAAUACCCGGAAGAAAAAGUACCAGUAGUUACUGAGGAAGGGAACACAGCACAUGCAGUUCCAUCUCUGAGGCCAAACAUAUUCUUAACUACAGAGAGAGAUGAAAGGAUAAAAAUAGGAGUACCUGAGUCAUCAGUGUCUCUCUCAGACAACACCCUUUAUGUUUCCUACAUCCUUUAUGCAACUAUGCCUGCUCUGCUACUGCUGCUGUUUGCAGCCGCUGGAUUCUUCUGCUAUAAACAGCGUGCUAAGAGGAGGAAGACAGAAACAGCAGCUACAGCAAGCUACCCCAGCAGAUCAAAACCGUGGAUGUCAACAACAGCAUCACCUUACGCCAUACAAGGACCUUACGCCUUUAGUGACAUUAGCAAACUGCCGCCUCACACUGCUCUGGACAGCAGCGGACCAGCAGACAUCCUGAAACAGCACUCCGGUGCUCCUUUCCAGGACUUCCAUUGUGACGACUAUGAGAAUGUGUCAUGUGCAGAAAGGGAGAGCGGCUUUGUGACCAAUGACAUCUAUGAGACCUGCAGAGCCCAGAGCCGGCAGACUGGUUGGGUGGAAAAUGAGAUAUAUGGAUAACGCUGUUGAUUUAGCCAUAUCUGGUCUCUUUGAGUGUCAACUUCAUACCAGCUAUAGAAUACGACCCAGUUACGGAGGAACACAAUGUUCUCAAUCCUUUUCUUCCUGUACACCCUACUGGUUGCUUGUGUGGUGCAUGCCAACUAAACAUGUGUCCAUGUCAACCUGGACUUGGACCUAUAUUCAAAUAAUCUCCUGUUUGUACCUCCAGUGCUGCAUUCUGAGCACCCACAUAAGUCAC